AUGCAAUGCCUGAAGAGCCAAUCCGGCUUCCACGGCGAUCUCCUGCCAUAUUCAAGCUCGAGCAUAGUACCUAAAGUUUCAGCCCAUACGGCGCCAGUGCACACCAACAACUGGCCACCGUCCUCGCAUCUCGACGAGUUCGAGGAACUGAAGAAGAUUCCGAGAAAUCAAGCACAUUGUCCGCUCCGUUCACAGUUCAAUAGACACGUCGUUAGACUGAUGAGAGGAGGUGACAUCAUGUUCCGGUCGAAGAAGGUCAACAUCAACAGCCACCAGAACAAGAACCCUGACCCAGCCGUCGCCGUCUACCAGCAACUCGACAGCCAUGAUGCGCCAUAUGCGCUUACCGAGGACGUACUGCGCUCCGUGAUAUUUAUCCCUGCCGACUUCAAUCAUGGAAAAGAUGGAAAGACACCUGUGAUUCUGGUGCCGGGUACUGGCUCAUAUGGUGGCGAGGCAUACGAACACAACUUUGCUAAGCUCCUCCGUGGGACCUCCUUUGCAGACCCUGUUUGGCUGAACAUCCCAGGCCGAAUGUGUGAUGAAGCGCCUAAGAAUGCAGAACACGUAGCGUACGCCAUCAAUUACCUUUCAACGUUAUGCGACACUAAAGUCGCAGUCAUCGCUUGGUCACAAGGCAACCUGUCAACCCAAUGGGCAUUGAAGUAUUGGCCCAGCACCCGCACACGGGUCAGCAACUUCAUCUGCCUGUCGGCAGAUUUUCGAGGGACGGUACAAGCAUGGGGACUCGCGCCAUGUCCAUAUACUAUACCAGGCACACCGGCCGUUUGGAACCAAACACGCAACUCCAAGUUCAUUGCGACAUUGCGCUCCAAUGGCGGAGACUCGGCGUAUGUCCCGACCACAUCGAUAUACUCUUCGACCGAUGAGGUCGUGCAGCCGCAAUUUGGACCAUUUGCAUCCGCCUUGAUGAAGGAUGAGAGGAAUGUCGGCGUCACGAAUUGUGAAAUCCAGCGCGCGGCCGUCAAGUCCAUGAAGCCUGGGCAGCUGGCAUAUUCUCACGAAGGGGUUAUGCACAGUUCGUUGGCGUGGGCGUUGGCCGAAGACGCUCUGAAGAACGGUGGACCAGGGCGGUUGGAUCGAAUCAAUAUGGCUGGAGUGUGUAAAAGUAGGAUAGCACCUGGCCUGAGUAUCUUGGACGCAACACAGACGCAGGCCCUGAGUGCGUGGUGCCUGAAGAGUAUCUUACUGUUUACCCCCAAACCGUGGAACGAGCCAGCUCUCCCUCUCUAUGUGGCGUCAGAGAACGUUGACUAUGUACCCGAAGAGGUUGUAGAGCCAGUGAAGCAAGAGACGCAUGUCGCGGAGGCUGAAGUCGCGGCGCCAGCAGCCGCAGCAUAG